GUCUACCAUUAUCUCUCAGCUUGCAAGUUCUCUCUCUCUCAGAUAUUGAACUACAAGCUUCUUUGUACUGUACUUUUAAAUACGCCGCCGUUUUUAUAUUUCAUUGUUUUAUUUUUAUUUCUCGACUCGAAGAAUCAUGCAAACCAUUUCGCCUGCGUUCUCGUGUGAUCUCAAAUCCGUAAUUCAACCGAAUCUAACGGCUAAAAACGCGCGUUACUCCCACGUAAAUGGAAAACGCGUGUCUGUUCGUUGCGGUUACAGGUCCGAGUCGUUUAGUUUCCCUAACGGUGUUGGUUCGAGCCGAGCUGAUUGGCAAAGCUCGUGCGCUAUCUUAGCCAGCAAAGUAGUCUCGGCUGAGAACUCAAGCUCCAUGGCCGAUCAAGUCGCCGUCGUUAACGGGCACAGCAACGGCUCCGUCGAUCUUAGCCUUGUCCCGUCGCAAAACGGAAAGCCUGGAUUGGUUCAGCCGUUAACUAUCACAGAUCUAUCUCCGGCGCCGUCUCACGGAUCCACUCUCCGUGUAGCUUAUCAAGGAGUUCCCGGCGCGUAUUCCGAAGCGGCCGCCGGAAAAGCUUACCCGAACUCAGAAGCUAUCCCGUGUGAUCAGUUCGACGUUGCGUUUCAGGCGGUGGAGCUUUGGAUCGCCGAUCGUGCCGUUCUACCUGUUGAGAACUCACUCGGUGGUUCGAUUCAUAGAAAUUACGAUCUCCUCCUCCGUCACCGUCUCCACAUCGUCGGAGAAGUUCAGAUCCCGGUUCAUCACUGUCUCCUCGCACUCCCCGGAGUCCGUGCGGAUUGCAUCACGCGAGUGAUUUCUCAUCCUCAAGCUCUGGCUCAGACGGAAGGAUCGCUCAACAAACUCACCCCAAAAGCCGCGAUCGAGGCGUUUCACGACACAGCCGCGGCGGCGGAAUACAUCGCGGCGAACAACCUCCACGACACGGCUGCGGUAGCUAGCGCAAGAGCAGCUGACCUCUACGGGCUCCAGAUCCUCGCCGACGGGAUCCAAGACUACGCGGGGAACGUCACGCGCUUCCUCAUGCUAGCGCGUGAUCCGAUCAUCCCACGCACGGAUCGGCCGUUUAAAACGAGCAUUGUUUUCGCGGCUCAGGAGCAUAAAGGAACUAGCGUUUUGUUCAAAGUGCUUUCCGCGUUCGCGUUUCGAAACAUCAGCCUCACGAAGAUAGAGUCGCGGCCGCACCAUAACUGCCCGCUCAGAGUCGUAGGGGACGAAAACGUCGGAACGUCGAAGCAUUUCGAGUACACGUUCUACGUGGAUUUCGAAGCCUCGAUGGCGGAGGCGCGUGCGCAAAACGCGUUAGCGGAGGUGCAGGAGUACACGUCAUUCCUCAGGGUGCUGGGAAGUUACCCAAUGGAUAUGACGCCAUGGUCCACGUUACCCCCUAGCGAAGACGUAUGACAAUUAUCAUAUAUAUAUAAUUGAUCUCAUAAUUUAUAAUAACAUUAUGAUAAAAAUUUAUCAUAAUUUAUUUAUAUAUAUAUAUAUAUAUAUAUAUAUGUAUACUUGGGGAACUAAAUUAGAAUUUGUAGAACUCGUUUUGCAUGUGGAGUGGGAGAGAAUAAUAUUAGUUUUUUAAUUUCUAAACCCACUCAAACCAAUGUGUGUUGUAUAUGUAAUUAUGUAUCUUGCUACUGUUGGAACGAGACUGGUUUGUAGUUUUGUUUCUGAUGAUUUUAUUACAAUUGAAUAUAUUUCCUUAAGCUAAAGCACAGCUUUUCAUUAUU